AUGUGUAGACUACUCAUAUAUAAAGGCACUGAGCCCAUACAGCUGUCACAUUUGGUUACCAGACCGAAACAUAGUAUCAUCAAUCAAGCAUUCGAAAGUAAAUUGAGAAUGCCAAGUAGUCGGCCGAUGAACGCCGACGGUUUCGGUAUAGGGUGGUAUGAUCCCCUUCCAGCACCUAUAUCAAUAAUGCCUCCACGUCCGACCAGUGUCCCUGCUCCUCCUACUCCUGUCUAUAACGACGACAAGGAGAGUGGUCAUGCAUCACAUUCACACGCAUAUGUCCCAACCCCUUCACCUGAUCUAAAUGUUAAUGAUCCCAGUCUGAAUUUACCGGAAGAUAGAAUGGCAGGAAUGGAAGACACUUCAAUCGAAAUCUUAAAAGCUAGAGAAAGGGAAAGGGAGUUGGAGAAUGAAAGACCUUGCUUAUUCAAAUCUAUACAUCCUGCUUGGAGUAAUGCUAAUUUAACCAGAUUGGCUGAGAAGAUAAGAAGUGCAUUGGUAUUUGCACAUGUUAGAGCUUCAACAAUGGCCGGUGCUCCAUCAGAAGACAAUUGCCACCCGUGGAUGUUUGACAAGCUCAUGUGGAUGCAUAAUGGUGAAAUCAACGAUUUCAAAAAGAUCAAAAGGGCCGUGCAACAAUCUUUACCCGAAGAGUUAUUCUUGUACCCUUCAGGAUAUACAGACUCCGAAUGGGCAUUCAUGAUUUUUCUGUCAAAGCUCAAAGACCCGCAUGCUAGAUUGUUUACCCAUGUAGAACUGAGAGAUGCAAUGAAGGAGACAAUACAAUUCAUCAACAAACUCUCGAAAGAAGCUGGUAUAACCGGUCCGAGUUUGAUGAACUUCGUAGUCACCGACGGAGAAACCGUUGUCGCUACCAGAUACAUAUCAUCUCGUACAUCCGAAGCAUCCUCUUUAUUCUUUUCAUCAGGAACGUCAUUUGACGAAUAUCAAGAAGGCGGUUUAUAUAGAAUGACAAAGGCAGACAAAAGAGAAAAUAUCAUCAUGAUAGCUAGUGAACCUCUCACGUUCGAAAGAAGUGAUUGGAUGGAAGUGAAGACGAACACUAUGAUAGUCAUAACUCCCAAGAUGAACUUAUUACAAAUACCGAUCAUUGACGAAUUUUGGGUAGCACCUCAAGAUCCUGCUGCCCUAAGCAGAUCAAGGGAUUUCGCAAUUAGGAUGGGUUUUGGUCUCGGAUUCGCUUCUGAGCAAGCUAAAAGAGAUGAAGCUGAAGAAUCGUGA